UCAAGAUGGCGCGACACGCUGCUGGUGGAACCGACUUUUAUUUGCGUUAUUAUGUUGGCCACAAAGGCAAAUUUGGUCAUGAAUUCCUCGAAUUCGAGUUUCGCCCCGAUGGAAAACUACGUUAUGCAAAUAACUCCAACUACAAGAAUGACACAAUGAUCAGGAAAGAGGCUUACGUUCACAAGUCUGUGAUGGAAGAACUGAAGCGUAUCAUAGAAGAUGCUGAGGUGAUGCGUGAAGAUGAUUCCCUGUGGCCUGCACCAGACAGAGUUGGUCGCCAGGAACUGGAGAUUGUAAUUGGUGAUGAGCACAUCAGUUUCACAACUUCUAAGAUUGGGUCGUUGGUAGAUGUACAUCAGAGCAAAGACACAGAAGGCCUGCGUACAUUUUACUACCUUGUGCAGGAUCUCAAGUGUUUAGUGUUCUCACUCAUCGGACUUCACUUCAAGAUCAAGCCCAUAUAAGUGACAUUUUCAUUCAUUGUGGUGACAACAGCAAAGACAUUUUUCAUCAAAUGAUCAAACAAGUGGGGCGUAGAAUAUCUCGACAUUGAAUAGCUAUGAAAACUGACAAAACCCUUACAAUUAUGGAGCCAGGAACUGGUUUACUUUUAACUUAACAACUGACUGAUCAUGUUUCUUCAGUCCUACUUAUAAAGUUCCAUGUUCCGGUAUUGUGCACAGUAACUGCAAGUGUGGUUCAACUGAGGUCCUCCAAGUUCAACCUGUUUUAAAAAAGUUCACUGCCACCAAGUAGCCCUGUCUUCGGCUUUUUCACUGUUCUCCUGCAGCUGUAUGUUGACGUAGUUGUGGUUUGAUUGUAUCAAUUUAAAAAAGAUUUAUUCCUGUUGUCUACUCUAAGCAACUCUUAUGAUGUUUCUUGUUAUUCUGAUCAUGAUGACCUUGGAAUGUCCUGUAUGUUCCUUGGAUGGAUUCAGGUAUUUGCAAUUUAAUCUCACUUCUCAAGAGUUCACAUACUGGCUUGCUGGUGACUGCUUUAACUGGGAUGACGACUUAUCAACCAAGGUUUGCUGCGCUAAGAAAUGUGUUGUCAAAUAUUUUAGAUGUGAACAAUAAAGGUCAACUUUUACUA